GCUUUUUGGUCGUCUUUUAUAAUUUUAAAAACAAAUACUUUCAUUAUUUGAAAAAAUAUAUUUUUAAUAAGCGUGUUUAAUGCUUUUAUAAUUCAAAGUUUUAUAUUUUGUCUUUGUAAAUUAACAUAUAUUUUAUACAAUUAGGUUUAAAGUUUUUUUUUUUUUUUUUGAAAGUGAAAUACUAAUAUUUGUGGUAUUUUUAAGUUAUCUUUUGCAAUCAAACUUUUAAAUAAUAUUUAAGUUUCAUUCUUGUAUUCUUAAAUUAAGUUUUAAAAAUGCUUUUAUUUUGUCACAUACUAACCUUUUUAAUGAUAACAUUUGAUAUAUCAAAUGAACAUCUAGUUGAUCACGACAUUUUUUGGGUUAAUCCAUGUGGCUAUUCAAAGAAAAAUGAAGAACCUCCUAUAACACCCUUAGAUGUUAUUAAACGUGUUUUAUUAGAAGCGCAUUAUAAUCAUCAUUGUUUUAACCAGUUCAAGUAUGAAUUUAUAUAUGAAUUGACUGGUGUUGAAUUUGAUAAACAUUAUGAAGAUUGGGAAUAUCUUUAUAAUAGUUGGAUGACUAAUGAAUUACCAACAAUGCCAGGGAUAGUUUUAUCAGAGACAUGGUUAAACUCACGUGAAUUUCCUAAAGAAUUAACUUUUACAUUUGAAACACUACAAAGAGCAGCUGUUGGUCUUGAAAAAUUCUUAGAUGAUAAAAAAAAUGAAGAAUAUUAUUCUACAAAACUCUCUCUAUGUAGAAAUAAACUAAAAACACUCUUGUGUGAAGUUUCUGACGGAAUUGAAGAUAUGAAUCAAAAUAAAAUGCCAGACAUUAAAAGAGAAGUUAUACCAAAUGAUAUUAGAAAUGAACCUAAUGUUGCACAGAGAAACCUAACAAAUUCUUUAAUUUUUAGGGACUAUAUAAUUUCUAUUGAAUAUAUAUUACAAACUUAUAAAUAUUUCCGCAAUUCUUAUGAACAUAAAUAAUUAUUGAAAUUUUCAUUAAUUCUUGUAAUAUAUAAGAUGAAUUCUAUGACAUGUUAACGUUAAUAACUAUUAUUUCAUAUAAAAAUGUAAGGUUAUAAUUAAAAUAAAAAUUAACUAUUAUAAUUCAUAUAGCUUUCAUAUAUUUUGAUUAAUACUUAAAAAGUGAUUACAAAUGAUAUUGAGCUGUCUAUCUGUUAUACAGGUGGUAAAAUUAAAUAUAUAAAGUGUGGACUUGCAUGUUUUGACAAAUCCUACAAAAUUUGAUACUAUUUUGCUAUAUUUUUUUAUGUAGUUUUUUUUUUUUGCGUUUUAGGUUUAUAAUAGUAUAAAUUAUAUAAUUUAAAUUUAUUUGAUACAUGAUAUCAAACGUCAGUAUAAGUUAAUAAGAAAAAUAUAGAAAAUAAUUCAAUCUGUUUAUGCUAAAUAUUUGUUAUAGGCACAAUUUUUUCCAUAA